AUGUCUGAAGCUCAAAAGCCCGUUGAGGCGCCUGUUGUUGCUGCUGCCACUGAGGCUGUUGCUCCAGUUGUGGAGAAUGUGCCAGAGACCACUCCAGCUGUUGUAGAGCCCGAGGUGGCUGCCACCGAGCCUGCUGCUGAGGCCGCCGCCCCUGCUGAGGAGGAGGCUGCUAAGGAGGAGGAGCAGAAGCCCAUCGAGGAGGGCGUCCUAGGAUACAAAGGACCUGGUCUACUCAAGGGCUUCAUCUUCCAGAAGAAAUUCUUUUGGUUUGGAACCACUGCUAUCGAGACCAAGGCCCUCGGCAGCUACCUGCGUGGAGAGAAGGACACCGAGGCUGCCAACCACAACGCCGCUUGGGCUUCGCAUACCGGAAGGGGUCUCUUGUUCUUCAGCAAGAAAGCCAGCGAGAAGUCCAGCCCAGCUGGCAUCUUCAACUUGUCCGAUGUCACUGAUAUUGCCGAAGAGGGUACCGUCGAGUUCCGCUUCGUCUCUGGUGGACACAAGCACACUUUCCAGGCUGCCCACCUCAAGGAGCGCGAUAACUGGGUAUCCGUCUUGAAGACCAAAGUUGAGGAUGCCAAGUCUAUUGUCGAGUUAGUUAAGGCGAGCGAGGAGUACAAGACGAGCCACACCACCUUGACAAAGCCAGUUGUCGUCGCCCCCGUCGUAGUUGCACCCGUCAAGAAGUCUGAGGAGGUUAAGGAAGACAAGAAGGAAGAAGUUGCCGAGGCUAAGGAGGAAAAGAAGGAAGAGAAGAAAGAGGAGAAGAAGUCCCGCAAGAGCCGCAGCGCAUCCCGCAAGCGCACAUCUAUCUUUGGAGGAUUCGGCAAGAAGGAAGAGAAGGUUGAGCCCAAGGAAGAGGCUGCCGCUGCUGCACCAGCUACCGAAGAGGCUGCCGCCGCUGUCGAGGCCGCGCCAGCCGUGACCGAAGAGGCCGCUGCCACCGAACCUGCAGCAGCCACUGAAGAGGCCGCUGCACCUGUCGAGGCCGCUAAGCCAGCUCCCAUCAAGCGCAAUAGCAUCUUUGGAACCCUCAAGUCUCAAUUCUCGCACAGCAAGGAGAAGAAGGCCGAAGAAGCACCAGCUGUCCCAGCCAAGGAUGCCGAGACUGAGCCCGUCAGCGAGACUGCUCCGGUCAUUCCUGAGGUCGAAUCUACCGAGCCUCUUGCCACACCCGCUGCCGCCACUGAGGAGGCCCCAGCUGCUGCGGUGACCAACGGCGAGACCAAGGCUGCUGAGACUCCCGUGACUAAGAGCGAUAAGCGCAAGAGCUCCCUUCCUUGGUUGUCCAAGAAGGAGAAGCCAACCAGCGAUGAGGAGGGUGAGAAGCCAAAGUCUCCAUUCGCUAAGCUCCGUGCCACCGUCAAGGGCAAGUCUUCCCCCAAGGCCGAGAAAGCCCCUGAGGCUAAGGCUGAGGAGGCUGUUGCUGAGCCCGCCGCCGCCGCCGAGGCUGCCGCCCCCGUUGUCGAGGAGCCCGUUGUCAGCGAGCCCGUCCCAGCUGUCAAGGCCUCCACCCCUCAGGUUGCCGCAUCCGCCUAA